AGAGCGUUAAAAUGACCUCGGUACCCUCCAGGGGACCUGGUGUGCCGCGUCGUCCUCGCUAAGCAGCAAGUUCGUGGUGGCUUGCGUAAUUGACAAUGAAUUAUUCCCAGCACCAGGAGAGGCCCCCCGCGGAGUCUUUGUCUGGAUGGAGCGAUGCGCUCCAGGACUGGCCCCCGACCUCGCUGGCAACACUGGCCGUGUUGUCGCUAUUACUGUUCCCGCUGUUCACUAAGAUAACAUCCACCUUAAGCUUCAGAUACUCAUUGUCAACUAAGCCAGACGAGAAGCGGCCUGUUGCUCCUCUGGUCCCAUAUUGGCUUCCGGGUAUCUACCAUGCCUUCUACAUCUUGUUUACUCCUGCUGCGUUCGUGUACGGCAUCAUAAAGAAGUUCGGUUGGGAGCGGCCGUUCCAACUCAAGGCGGGUCCGGUUAAUUUCACCCUGCUCGCCAACCCUAAUCAUAUCGAGACAGUCUUCAAGAAUUCGAGGUUCUUGUCCGCGAAGUCGAUCACGAGGAGGUCCGCCAAGUAUCUUCUAGAUAUCCCCGACAAGGUGUUGGAAUUUUACGAUGCCGACGACUCGGGGAUGGCGGCGAUGCCUCGGAAGGGGAGCAAAACUCUCCAGGAGAACAGAAUUCUCUACCAGCAAACCCACACUGCUCAGAAGUACCUAGCUUCUCCGUACCUGAAGCCACUGGCGGAUCUCUUUGCGGACACGCUUCAUCGAAGCGUAGAGCUGCUGGAGAUCGGAGAGGACUGGGUCGACUAUCCAGACCUCUACGGCUUAAUGCAGGUGACUCUCGCCCGGGCUAACAUCGAGGCCAUGAUGGGCUCCAAGUUCCUGGAGCUCAACCCGAAAUUGAUGGAGCAUUUCUGGGAGGCCAAGAAAAAUGCCCCCCUGUACUUCCAGGGCUGGCCGCGGUGGCUCAUCCCCAAGGCCUUCAGAGAGCGGGACCGCGUGCUGGAAUACGUCGAAAAGUGGCACACGUACGCCUUUGCUAACGGCGACUGGACCAACACCGGAGAGAACGACCCUGAUUGGGACCCCAUCUUCGGGAGCAAGUAUGUCAAGAUACGAUUGCAGUACAUGCUGAAGAUGAAGCCGCUCGAUGCACAUAUCCGAGCGAAGGAGGACUGGGGCUUGAUGUUCGGGUCAAACGGGAACACCGCACCAACUGCGUUCUGGUAUCUCCUCGAAGCUCUUCGGGACCCGGCGCUGAACGCCCGCAUGAUGGCCGAGGUGGCCACCUGCGUGGCCCCAGAUAAGACGAUCGACGUCCAGGAGCUAGCCAAGCUGCCCCUCCUCCAGUCAGUCUGUGCCGAGGUCCUCCGCAUGCGCGUCUCGAUUCUGGUGAGUCGCAUGGUGGAGUUCCAAGACGUCAAAUUUUCGGGCUACACGAUCCCGCGGGAGGACUUCGUCCUGAUGCCUACUGAUGGCGUGCACUUCAACGCCGAGGCCUGGGCUCAGGCGGGGCGAACGUCCAAGGUGCCCCUGGACAAGUUCGACCCUGAGAGAUUCCUCGUCGACACCGACUCAGGCCCGCAGUACUCCACCGAGGGGCUGGCGGGUCUGUGGAUUCCCUUCGGCGGAGGGGAUCGCAUGUGUCCUGGGCGCCACCUCGCCAUCAUAGAGAUUCUAGUGACCCAUGCCUACCUAUUCUCGAGGUACGACAUUGAGCUAGCGGUUAAGGACACCAGUGGAGUGAAGUGCGAUAAGAAAUUCGCACCCUUUGGCGCCUUGCCGCCAGACCGCAAGGUGCCGAUCAGGAUCAGGAGGAAGACAUAGUCGCUGGAAAUAACCCGGAUGAGGGUCUUAGGGAUUUCUAGUUCGACGGCGUGGUUAGUGCUGUAACGUUAACAAGAUCGAAUCAAUAUUAUGGCAUUAUAUGGAGUUACAUUGGCACCUAUGUUCUAGUCGCCCACAGAUGUGGUUCCAAGCGUAGAGAGAAAACAAUACUCU